CCAAAAUUUACCGAUGGGAGGUUAUCAAGCAGCGAAAUUCUUCAUAUACUCUAAAAAUCUCGGGUUGGCCGACCUGGAGGCACACAGCGCACGACGGCGCAGAGAGGCGGCACACGACGUCGGAUUCAGCGCAAUGGAGACGAGCGACGUUUGACGUGAGCCAGAGAGAGGAGAAGCAAAAUAUACCGAAAAUACUUCAGCGAUAAUGGCGGACGAGGAACUACCAUCGGGCUGGGAGAAACGCCUCAGCAGAUCGACAGGUCAACACUAUUAUUUAAAUAUUUAUACCAAGGAAAGUCAAUGGGACAGGCCUGACAAGCCAGCCGAUCCAUCCGGCAAUGGCAAGGUCGACGGACCGGAGGAAGUACAAUGUUCUCACCUUCUCGUAAAACAUUCAGGCUCACGUCGACCUUCCUCAUGGCGAGAAGAAACCAUCACCAGGUCAAAAGAAGAAGCUCUCGAAUUGGUGAAAUCUUUUAGAGAACAAAUUGCAACUGGUAAGGCAACGUUUGCCGAGCUCGCUUCGAAAUACAGUGACUGCAGCUCAGCGAAGCGCGGCGGUGACCUCGGACCCUUCAGUCGGGGCGCAAUGCAGAAGCCCUUCGAGCAGGCCGCGUUCGCGCUGAAGAUCGGCGAGCUAUCUUCGCCUGUGCAUACAGAUAGCGGAAUUCACAUCAUCCAGCGAACCGCAUAAGUCAGUUCGGCUCGAAGAGAGCUUGAAUUGCGGCGGGUACACUAGGAGUCCCUCUCUCGACCUCAUCUCUCUCUUUACCGUAGGAUAGCAUUCAAUAGUUAGAUCUUAUAUUUAAAGAUGGUCUUAAUCUUCAGCUAGCAAGAUGCUGUAUAGCCAACAGAGCGGCUCUUGCAGCAUCUUACGAUGAACUUGAGACGAUCUUAAAUAUAAGAUCGGACUAUGGCUGCGGUCUGAUUCACGCUUACAGCGCAGUGUCAUUUUAUCUUUACUGUUCACCAAGGUCGAGUUCACAGUAAGAAUUUAAGGCGUAAACUUUGAGAAAUUGACGGAUCGGAUAUUAGUAUAGUAUGACGCGCCUGCAGCGGUGUAAGUAUGAAUCGGGCCGCAGCCUGUGAAUGCCGCACCGCGUAUAAUCUUACUCAAUCGACACGGUGAAUAAUUAAUAAAUAAAUAAUAAAUAGCAAAUUUUUAUGCCAACAUGGGUAUUCUCCCAUCUGCACUGAUGAUUUCUUUUUUACUUAUCACCAGAUUGCAAACUUAACUGAUUUGUCUUGAGUUAAAGCACUUCGUAUUUUUAUCGUUAGCUUCGUCGGCAGUUCGGUGCUUUAACGAUAAGAUAAUAAUAUGUUGACAAUGCAAUCGCAAAAACUGCAAAAAGCGGUAGUUGCAUUUCCCAGGAAUGCCACGUUACAAUAUAAUAUAUAGAAAUAACGAUGUUAUUGCUAUAGAUAUUAUAUAACAACACAUCGUCUAUAUAGAAAGGACGAUUUAUAGCGUCAGACGUCAGUUUAUUGCUAAUAAUAAGAGGAAGUGAAUUAGCUGUUGAGUUAUCUGCUCCCUGAUAAACUCAUUUGCUAUUAUCUAAGUUGUAUAAUAUAUAAUACAUAGUAUUAUUCUAUUAUGGAUAUGAUAUUGUUUGUAUAGAAAUAACGAUAUUAUGCCGUACUUCUCGCAGUGGUCUCAAUACUGUUAAUAAAGGAGCGAAGUAAUUUGUUGAGUUAUUCGCUCUUUGAUAAAUUCAUUUGCUCUAUUAUCAUAAUAUAUGAUAUAUAUAAUAUUAUAUAUUGUAAUAUCGCCCGUAUAGGGAGAAGGACGAUAUGCUAUUCACGAUAUGUAGUUUAUUAUUAAUCACGAAAAAGCGAAAUAGCUAUUAAGUUAUUCGCUCCUUGAUGAAUUCAUUUCCUAUCAUCACAUAGAGUGUAUAUAAUAUAUAAUAUUAUACUAUAUAAUAUAUUAUACUGACAUCGUCUUGUAGGAAGGUCAACAUUACAGAGUUCAUGGGUGUAAAAUUAAAAAUAAAGGAAAUAGGAGCUCUGUCGCGAUGCAUAAUCGAAAGUGUGUGAAGUUAGUUGAAGUUAUUUCAGAUAUUUCAACUAAUGUUUUCUUUAUUUUUCAUUGCACUAUAAUAUUCGUGCACGGGCGCUUAUAGGUCCUAUAAAUAUAUACAUAUAUUAGUAUGUAACAUAUAAUAUUACACUACGUAGAUAUACUGUAAUAUCGUCUAUAUAGGAGAGAUGAUAUCAACGUCGUGGAACUGCUAGUAAUUAAGGGGGCGAAAUAACUGUCGAGUUAUACGCUCCUUGACAAAUUUAUUCUUUUGCUAUUUUAUCUUAGUGUAUAAUAUAUAAUACACUAUAGAUAUUAUAUUAUAAUAUCGUCUGUUUCUAGAGAAGACAAUAUUAUACCAGAAACUAUUACAGACCUGUCAUUGCUAAUAAUGGAGGAGCGAAACAACUGGUAAGUUAUUUGCUCUUUGACAAAUUCAUUUAUUGCUUUUUUUUAUGUGUAUAAUAUAUUAAAAUAUAUAUUAUAUACUACAAUAUCGUCCGUAUAGAGAGGAUGAUAUUAUGCUAUCCAUAGUCUAUAAUCAUUACUAACAAUGAAAGAGCAAAAUAGCUGUUGAGUUAUUCGUUCCUUGACACAUUUAUUUGUUUCAUCUUGGUCUAUAAUGCAUGGAUCGUUUUUUUUUUAAUAAUACUGGAAAAUAUCGGUGUGAAAACGGUAUUUUUUGAUAUACCGGUUAAAAAAAAAAUUCCUGAUAUAUACUCUAUACAAAUAUUUAUUAUAUACCGUAAUAUCGUCUAUAUAUACAAGAAAGGACGAUAUUGUCAUUGCAGACAGACCACAUUUUAAUAUUAAUUACAAAGGUAACGAGAUGACUACCAAGUUAUUCGCUCCUUGGUAAAAUUAUUUGCUAUUAUCUUAGUGUGGAAUGCAUCACUGUGCAUAAUGUUAAAUGCGUCUUCCGGCUCAAUAGACGCCAAAUAUUCAGCGGUCAAUAUUACUGUCUAACAGCUUGAUCUUAACUCAAAGUUAUCUUCCGUGUGUUACGGGGAUUGAUUUUACUUACUAGACAAAUACGUGCUACAUAGAAAACUGAAGGGAUAUUUUGUUUCGUGUGGAUUUUAUGAUUUGAUGAUGGUUUGUUUUGUGUAAUAAUAUGUACAAUUUCGGCAAAUAGAAUAUCAGUUUUGAGAUUUUACCGUUUGUGAUUUUAUAAUCGAAAAGAUUCCGACUUGUGUAAACUGUAGAAAAUAAUAAAUUUAUUUUUUACGUUUUAUUUCCUCAUUCGUUUCUUUUAUUUCCGAUACUCGAUGCAUUUACGGAACGAUAUGUACUUCGGCAUUUCUAUAAGCUUUUCCACUGUUAGCCCGGAUAAACGCAAAUCUCUAUGUACUAUCAUGUACAUGUAAUAUCGUUGAGAAACGAAGAUCACAGCUGAAGAUAUUGCGGGCGACAGAAAACGUGCAGAUCGCAUUUACGAAAUACGCCAUUUCCAAUUCGCGCGAACGUGUUGUGGGCAAGUGAAAAAAAUUCAAUAAAUUCAAUCAAACAUACUCGAAAUGUUUCAUUCUCAUAUCUCGGCAACUUGACGAACGAUCUGUUGGAAAUGGUUGGUUUCGAAAACAAAUAAUAAAUAUUAUUAAAUAAUUUGUAAUGCACGAAAAAGCGCUUAAGAACGCGUCGGGCUAGUGUAAGAUGCAAGUACUAGCGAUUUUGAAAAAUUAUUGUAACUACGCUGCAUAAAAACAGGUUAACGUACGUUUUAACGAAAUGUAUGAAUUUAUCAUGCUCAUCGUUAAGAUUCCUCGCACUCGUUUGUCAUGCUUAAGCAAGCGUUAAAUAAACAUAACGCAAAAGGA